GGAGUUUGAAUAUUAUUAUUGCCAGUUAUAUAGAGUCUGUCAACUAUAUAUAUAUAUAUAUAUAUUUUCAAAACCCUAUUCCAUCUUCUGCUCUUCUUCUCUUUCUCAUCUUCCUCUCACUGCAUACACACACACACGCACAUAGAGAGAGAUGGGUGCCUGUGCUAGCUUUCCCAAGGGCAUGAAGGGUGGCGCUCCUGUGGGGCCACCGCCGGAGGCCGAAAAGGAGGAGGAUAUUGCCACUGCCGCUACCUCCGACGUGGCGGAGGAGAAGGCCGCUGCCGUCAGGGAGGUGGCAGUGGAAGGAGAAGAAGAGAACACGGCCGGGGAGGAUGUGACCGACAAAAGUCAAUCUCUUGGCUCCUUGCUAUACAAGGCAUCGGAAACACAAACCGCUCUGCCGGAUACGGUAAAUCCGUCACCGGAAUCUGAGGGAAAAGCCGAGGCAGUUGCCGAGUCAUCUUCGCAGGCAAAGGAGUCGAAGGAGACUGACAAGGCCUCGGAGACACAAACCACUCCGAUGGAGACUGUAAAAGCCGGGGCAGCAGUUGCCGUACCAUACCCGGACGACGGCGAGAAGGCGCCGGCCGCCUACAUUGCCGGUGAGGAGAAGGUAGCAAAAGAUCAGUAGAAGGAGCCGAGCGAUCAGACUCAAGCUGUGGUGGUGGAAUAUUGUGCCGGCAACGUGGACGGCGAUGCCGGGAGGAAUGAACUACCGAUCAUCAUCUGGUUCGGGGAUUUCUAUUCAGAUCGAUCUAUUAGUUUAAUUUGUUAAUUAGUCAUUGGUAAUUGAUUGAUUCAUUUACAAAAGACCCUUAAAUUUUUUUAUUUAUAUGUUUUUUUUAUAUUUUUAAAAAAUAUUAUUUUUUUUAUUUCCAUUUUAUAUCAUAUUCAUUUCUCAUUGUACUGCUAUGUGUUUGUAUCAACCGGCUACAUCUUA